CUGUUUCCUGGGUGCACGCAGCGUCACAGUCAGGCCGUCCAGUACUAUGUGGCAGAGCGUGUGUGCGCGUGCAUGUGAGAGAGGCAGGGUUGGGGUAGAGGCAGAGGCAGAGUUUCGGAGCACGUUCAGUUGACAGGCGUCGCCGUUGCUACUCGAUUCCGAUAACAACACAAGCAAAGACACGGAGCUGUCGCGAGAUACGCGUCUUUAACUGGAUUAAGCCGAGAAAAUCCGUUUUGGACGGACCGAGCUCAAAGCGGAUGAGCGCAGCCCGCGGGAGGGCAAGAGUGUUUCUGCGGCGGGGUCCAGUUAGCGAAAGAUGAACAAAAACCACCGAGUGCCGAGCAACCGAACUCUGAGCGCCGUGGAGGUGAAGAGCAAGUUUGGAGCAGAAUUCAGGCGGUUCUCUUUGGACCGGUCCAAGCCGGGACGCUUUGAUGAGUUCUAUGGCUUGCUGCAGCAUGUGCAUCGGAUCCCUAACGUCGACCUGCUUGUGGGUUACGCCGAUGUUCACGGGGACCUGCUGCCAAUCAACAACGAUGACAACUACCAUAAAGCAAUCUCCGUGGCAGCGCCCCUGCUCCGCCUCUUCUUGCAGCGGAAAGAGGAGGCAGAUUACUCUUCAUUCGGUACGGACACUGUGACCCGUAAGAAGACCCCAGCAGUGCUUGCAGCAGUCCUCCUUCGACCGGACGCCAACAAGAAGAAGCCUCCAAUCAUCAUCAGCCUGCCCAAAGAUUUCCGCCCAGUGUCCUCCAUCAUCGAUGUGGACAUUCUCCCGGAGACACAUCGCCGUGUCCGUCUAUACAAACACGGUCAGGAGAAACCACUGGGCUUCUAUAUCCGCGACGGUUCCAGCGUGCGCGUUACGCCCCAGGGCCUGGAAAAGGUCCCGGGAAUCUUCAUCUCCCGUAUGGUCCCCGGAGGCCUGGCAGAGAGCACAGGACUGCUGGCCGUCAAUGACGAGGUGCUCGAAGUCAACGGCAUUGAGGUGAGCGGAAAGUCUUUGGACCAAGUAACGGACAUGAUGAUCGCUAAUAGCCACAACCUCAUUAUAACGGUCAAACCGGCCAACCAGCGCAAUAACGUGGUACGCAACAGCGGAGGCGGGGCCACAUCCGGCAGCUCAGGACGAUCUUCUGACAGCAGCACCAGUUUUUACGGUUACUCGACACCAGGCUCAAUGGCUAUGACCCCGUCCCAUAUUAUUCAGAACUAUGAGCCGGACGAGGAGAGCGAGGAUGAGGAGGAUCUGGUGAUCGAGGCAGACGGAGGGACUAAACUCAUUCCGCAGGCAGCGGCGCGGGCGACAGCAAGCUCUAGCAUGCCUGCUCUGCCCAGAUAUGAGCCUCACCUCGACCUCCGCCCCUCGAAUGGUACCAUGGCGACCAGCGCAAGCACAGGGUCUCUGAAUGCCCGCGACAGGAACUUGGAGGGGCGUAACCUAGAGGAGGAAGGCACAGUCAUUACACUGUAGAGCAUAUAAUCACACACACAUGCCAAUACACACUCUUGUGUGCCAUAGGACUGAAAAUGUAUGUCUUUAUACUUGGGUGACCAGGACCAAAAGAGGAGGACAGUCACCACAGCACCUUACAGCACUUCUCUACAACCACAGGGACCAGGUAGUCCCCGUCAUUGAACCCAUGGAGAAUGGCACAGCACCAAAAAUUGCUGCUUCUUGAGUAAUAAUGAACUUCAUGAGUCAGUGCGAUUGAGUGAAUGCAGAUGCCCGUCACGUGACUGAGAACAGAUACUCGGCAGCGUAUGAAUCAUGACAAUCUUUUUUUUUUACUUUAACAACCACUCCCUUUCUAGCGUUAUGACAGAGAACAAAGUACAAUGGGCUUAACCAUCCUGUGCGUUACCAUGGUAACUGAGUCUGAGCUACAGAACUUCAGAAGGAACUGAAAUAUGCUCUUUAUCCAUUCCUGUCUGCAACACUAACACACCCUGCUUACCGAUUCUUUGAACAUUUGUGGCGCUCGAGCCAAUGAUUAGGAGGUGUUUUCACUUGAUCGGACAUUUCAGUACGGUUGUAGACUGCUGCCUCGGUUAAGAUACAGAUGUCUAUUAUUAUCUCAUAGCCAAAAAAUGUUCAUUGUGAUAUGUUUUAUUUGUACCACUUUCAUUUCUUUAUGACAAGGGCUAUCAUCCUGCUCUCUGAUACCUGUGGUUUAUUUUACCCAUUGAUCUCUACUUGAUAAGCCUUUUGGGGCUUUGGAAUAGAUCAUCAUUAGCUGUAAUGUUUCAGUGGAGCACUCUGAAGUGGACAGAAGCUGUUUCAUGAAUGAAGAGUGUCCUGUGAGGUUCAAUUUGUUCAAAUUAUUUAAAGGGAUAGUUCAACCAAAAAUAAAGAUUGUCAUCAUUUACUCCCGCUAAUGUCAUUCCAAACCUGUAUGACUUUCUUUCUUCUGUUGAAGACAACAAAAUAUCUUUUUUUGUUGUUGUUUUUUUUUCCAUACUUUGAAAGUCAAUGGGGUCCAAUGUUAUUUUGGAUCCCACUGAUUUUCAUUUUAUGGACAAAAACAAAACAUAUUCAAAGAUAUUCAAUCACUCAUACAGGUUUGGAACAAACUGGUGGUGAGUAAAUGAGGACUUUUUGGCGAACUAUACGUUUAAUGCAUUAGGUAUCAUGAUGUAACAACAAUAUUUUUACAUUAAUUAUCUGUGUACAUUUUUAACAUUUCAAGAUAACAUUAGUUAAUGUGUUAUGAACAGUGAUCAGUAGUAUAUUUAUGAAUUAAUAUCAACCUAGCUAUAUAAAUGCUGUAAAAAUUGUUGUUAAUUUUUGGUUUAUGAUACAUAAUGCAUUAUUCAAUAUUAACAAGUUGAACCUUAUUUUAAAGUGUUACCUUUAACAAUAAGAGUUGCAAAUGAAUCAUGGAGAAAACAACCCUUGAUUUAUAGUGAUUAUUGAAUCACUGUGAAUAUCUGUCAAAAUAUUCAAUAUCGUUCCUUAUUAAUGUUUUUUUUUUUUUUUUCUCUCCACGUCAGCAGCUUACCAGCCAAACCCUUCAGAAAUUAUGUAACAUGAUUUGGUCUAUGUAGACUUCACUACUUAUUUUUUUUUUAACUUUCAACUGGCUGAAAUCUCAGUGAUAAAACCCUCUGUUCAGUCCUGGCAAAAUGCACAUCAUUAUAAAAUUGUCAUCUAACUCCAAUACCCUUGCAAAUCCUUCACUUUCAGUGAGUGGGGCCUUCCUACUUGAGCGAUAAUUUCUAAAAAUGACCUCUUAUAUGAAUGACUGGACAGAUGAACAAAAUCACUUUUUUAAGUCCAUAUGACUGUUGGUACAUGUCUCCCCUUUUUGUCCUUAUACAUACAUAUCAUAAUGAUAUGUCACAGCUGUAAGCUUCAAUACGAACUUUUAAGAUCUCAGAGUUUGUGUCAGCAGAUGCACUGGAAGAGACUGACAAGAGACAGAUGUGCCUAUGCUCUUACAGUUAUAGGACCUGCUGAUGGAGAUUUAGCCGAAGUAGCCUUUCAUUAUCUCCCCAUUUCUCUCUUUAUAAUUGCUGAUGAGGAUUCUAAACACUGGGCGUCUGCUCGGUUCCUCUACAGAGCUUUUCAUGGCACUUACAUUACCAAAACCUGCUUGUUGUAGCACACGCACUGUAGCUGUGAUCAUUCACACUUCAUCCAGAUCGUUCAUUCUCGUGGUACAAACGACAUACUGAAUGGAGUCUUUAGCUGUGUUAAUUUAAUUUUACAUUAACCACUACAUACGAUUUGGGAUUGUAACCACAAAAGUUUUAUUUAUUUUAAAAUAGACUAUGUAUUUUUACUUGCUUUGUUUUAGCUGACAUAAAAAACCUCAUAAUUUUCAUUCUUUUUUAUUUUAUUUUAGAUCAUCUCUACAAAAUGGUGUUUUAAUUUUUUUUUCCACUUGCAUUUUUGGUGAAACUUAAUGCUCAGACCUUUAGGGGGGAUAUAAAUAUGAAGAAUAACUUGCUAUUUUCCAAACUGUGAAUAUCUUUGCAUUUCUAAAGGAGAAUAUAUAUCUAUGAGAACCUGCUUUGAGAGACCUAGAAAUAGGCUUUUAAGCAUUAUCAUUCAUGUGUCAAUUCCUCUUUUUGAUAAUGAGCUUGUCAGAUAAAUCUUAAGGUAUAGAUUUGUACUGAAAUUAUCAGUAUUUUCUUAUUAGUACUACUUUGAUGUAAAUUUGUUUCACAUAAUGAAACUUUUAAAAGGAUAAAUACUAUAUUACGACUUAGCUGCACAUGUAUUAUAGUCAAAUCUUGGAUGAAAUAAACUAAUAUGAAGAAAACCA